AUGGCUCCACCAGUACAAGUGGAGGCUGGGGUGGGUGAGGCGGCGUCGAGCGGGAGGGAACAGGUCCAGAGGAGGCCCGACCCCCAGGAAGGAGGGGUUCGUGUGGCCACGGUGAUUUAUCAUAUGCGUGCGGUAGCUGGAAGGUUGGAGGGAGAAGAAGGCCCAGCCAGGGCGGGAGCCGACCGCCUGGUGAAGAUUGUGGAUGAGGGAGCUCUGCGCGCGGCAUCUGGGUAUAGUGAGGCCGACCUACUGAGGGGGUUAUGCUUCACCCAAAUGGAGGUAACCACCUUGGCGGGGGCUCUUCUCAGGAAAGCUGGGGCCGCCAAGUUGAAGGCUGAGGAGGCCAGGGCCCAGUUGGCCAAAUUAAAGAAGGACAGUGCCGAUUGGGAGACUGCCUACGCCGAUCUGCCAGCAGUCAAGUUGGAACUGGAGGACACACGCCGUAAGGUUGUGUCGUUGGAGUUCCAACUGGCUGGUGAACAGAAAAAGUUGGAAGAGUCUGAGAGGGCCUGCGCCGUGGCAGUCGAGCGGCACGAAGAGGCUAUGACCAGCAAUGAAGAGCUGGUCAGGCAGAAGGAUGAAGCGGACUCCAGAAUUAGAGACCUGUUGAAGGAGCUUGGGGAGGAGCGCGCCAGAGCAGAGGAGGACAAAGGGAGGCUUCUGAGGGAAUGGGAGAUGGAGAAGGCGAAGGUGGCGGCGGAGCUGGAGAGUCUGAGGAAGGGGAUGGAAGAGGAGAAGGCGACGGCGGCUGCUGAAAGGGUGGCCCUGCAAAGGGAGCUGGACGAGGAGAGGGCGAAGGCGGCGUCUGAAAAGGCGGCCUACCCUGAUCUAUGCGUCGCAGCAGUGGAGCAAUAUAAAGGGUCCCCCGAAUUCCAGAUGGUGGUAGAUGCUGCCGUCGCCAGGAGUCUGGCUAGUCAAGAGCCUGGGGGGGUGGGCCAAUCAAGGAAGACUGCUGGAGGUAGGACGGAAUCAGAGGUGAUUGAAAGUUUCCAGCAGUCCGACUUCUAUAAGCACGAAAUGGCCGAGUUCUGGGACAGCGGUUGGAAAAUGUUCAAGCGUAGAGCUGAGGAGAUGUUCCCAAACUUGGACCUGAGUAGUGUGACAAUAGGUGAGGAUAAUGUGGCCCAGACCCCCCUGGACGAAGGCGUUGAAGAAGAGGAUCUAGCAUCCAGCGAGGAAGAGUAG